UUUCUUAUUGAUAAUGGAGGCCUUUUUACUCAAGUUAAUAAGAAAACCCUUACUAAAUUAGACUUAAAUUACUUUGACUAGUAAGCAUUUUAUGUGAUCUAAGUAUCGUAGUCGAUGAAGGAAAUAAAUGAAGAUGCUUCAAGAAAGGGGCUUUUUUGUAGAAAGAAGAUUAAAAUAGAUUAAAAUAAUAAUCAUCAAACUUAUUUUGAUGGAGGUUCAAAGGUUUAAUGUGAAAAUGAGGAACUAAAGGAAGGUAAUGCAGGUAUCAAAAAGGAUAUGUAAUGAAAAUGUAUAUGAAUUAGAAAAUUAUCAUUUGAGGAGUAGGAAUAAGAUUUGAUAUUGGAAUGUCACUACGAAAAUUCGAUUCAAUACAUUAGUGCUGAGACAUUGGUAUUAUUUAAAUUGACAAUAUAGAUGCAAAGUAUGAAAUUACAUGAUGUGCUUCUAUUCGAUUGUCGAUAUCAAUAUGAAUUUUAGGGUGGGCAUAUAAGAGGUGCAACCCAUCUGCAUCAUUUAUUAAAUUUAUCUGAAGAAUUAUUCGGAGUAACUCAAGAGUCAAAGAAAAUUGUGGUUUUGUAUUGUGAAUUUUCAAUAAGCAGAAGUAAAGAAAAGUAAAAAUUUAAUAUUACCUAGAUAUUUUGAGAUUCGAAAUUUGGAUAGGAGCAUGAAUAUAUAUCCAAUGUUGACAUACAAAAACCUAUAUAUAUUGUCAAAAGGAUAUUCAGAGUUUUAUAAAAAGUUUUAACAUAUGUGUGAUGGAGAAUAUGUAACCAUGAACGAUCCAAGAUAUGAAUAUGAGUUGGAAUAGGAGGAGGAAUUUAGAAAUAUUGCUAAACAGAAAAAUAAAUUAAAAUAAAUAUAAAAAAUAACUGGUUGUUUAAUAUGA